GCCAAUCCAGCAACGUAAUAAAAGGGGUUGCCGUUCGGGUGUCGGUCAUCAGUAUUCGUGCGUUUUUCAAAGUGGUUCGAUCUCCGCGAGUGAUCUUUUCGAAAGGACUAAACCAAGCAGAAGCAAACAAGCCGAAAGCAAAAUGGCCCGUACAAAACAAACAGCUCGUAAAUCCACCGGAGGAAAGGCUCCCCGUAAGCAGCUGGCCACCAAGGCCGCCCGCAAAAGUGCUCCCUCGACCGGCGGAGUGAAGAAGCCGCAUCGUUACCGGCCGGGAACGGUGGCCCUGCGAGAAAUCCGUCGCUACCAGAAGUCCACCGAGCUGCUGAUCCGCAAGCUGCCGUUCCAGCGCUUGGUGCGCGAAAUUGCGCAGGAUUUCAAGACGGAUCUGCGCUUCCAAAGUGCCGCCGUUGCUGCCCUGCAGGAAGCCAGCGAAGCGUACCUGGUUGGAUUGUUUGAGGACACCAACCUGUGCGCGAUCCACGCCAAGCGCGUCACCAUCAUGCCGAAGGACAUCCAGCUGGCCCGGCGCAUCCGUGGCGAACGUGCUUAAGAAGUUGGAGGAGGAAGUGACCUCGGGGGAGAAAUGUGAAGUUGUGUUUUUUUUACCAUUGAUAACUGUACAGGAGAAACGAUAAAAUAAAGCCAAAACGGUCCUUCUCAGGACCAGCCAUUGCAGAUCUCGAAAAGAAGAGUGUUUUCUGGAAAAUUUUGGUUUGGAAGAGAGAAGCGUCCUUUUUCGAGGGGUGAAAAGAAGACAAAAACGGUUAGGCGUCCCCCAUUUUUACAUGAAAUUACAAGUUAGAAAAAUAAGUGUGUGUGCGUGAUAAUGUGAAGAGGAACAUCGCUAAUGCAGCGUCGGCGGCAAACGAGGCGUCGCACUGGUUAGGGUAGUGUUCUUAGCCGAUGUAUGAGAUCUAGAAAGCACGGGUAAAUAAGAUAUGAUUAAUGAUUUAAAAAAUAA